CUGAGCUGCUCUAUACCAGUCAUUCUUUUGAAAUAAGUCACAUUCGUUUAGAAGCUCAUCAUUGCGUACUGUUGCUACCUCCACCAUGCGCUCCUUUCUUCUCGUCGCGACCCCAUUUCUUUUAUCAAUCGCAUCCAACGUAGCCGGCCUUGCCAUUCGACAGGCCAACAGCUCAGGAACAUGUACUACCAACCAACGCAAAGCAUGGCAGAACUUGUCCGACGACGAGAAGGCGGCGUACAUUGACGCGGAGCUCUGCUUGAUGGGCUCGCCUCCGCAGCUCUUCGACUGGGCAAAGAAUCGCUGGGACGAAGUGGUCUAUGGCCACGUCGUCCAGUCGAAUGUCAUCCAUGAUGUAGGCGCAUUCCUGCCGUGGCACCGGCUUUAUAUGCGUGCCCAUGAGUAUCUGCUGCAGACGGAGUGUAACUAUACCGGCGCUCAACCAUACUGGGAAGAAUCGCUCGAUGUCGCCAACCUCGCCGGCUCCAUAGUCUUCGACCCCGACACCGGCUUCGGAGGAAACAGCAACGGCUCCUGCAUCACCGACGGCCCCUUCACCCAGCUCGAGCUCCACAUCACCCAGUCCACGAACUACGCCAACUACUGUCUCACGCGCGACUUCAACACAGACGGCUUCCAAGGCGCCACCCCCUCUAACGUCUCCUCAUGCUACAACAGCACCACGUACGAAGCAGCCUACACCUGCUACAAGUCCAGCCCGCACACCGCGGGCCACGCCGGCGUCGGCGGCACUAUGCUCGACGCCGUCGCCUCCCCCUCCGAUCCGCUGUUCUUCCUGCACCACACGAACCUCGAUCGACUGUGGUGGGAGUGGCAGCUCGCGAAUCUGACGGCCCGCUUGACGGAUAUGAGCGGGAGGAAUGUGCCGCGGCCGAGCUAUCUGGCGCAGAACAAUUUUACGUAUCCCGGACCGGAGAUAUUGGAUUAUGAUGGCGAUGAGGGGAACGUUACGACGCUGCAUCAUAACCUGUGGAUGGUGGGACUUAUUCCGAAUGCGACGAUUGGGGAGGUUAUGGAUUUGAGGGGGGAGCUGAUUUGUGCUGAGUACGUGUGAGGGGAGGCUUGUUCAUCUUCUGUGGGGGUUUGAUCUUAGUGCCGUGGAAGCAGUUCGUGUGAGUAGAAGAAUAUAUGGAUUUGGAUAGCUGGCGUACGGUGGGCGUGGCUCUGUGCAAGGAAGAGACGAGGCUGCCACGAUGCAUAUCGGAAGCAGAUCGAUCGGCGGCGUUCAUAGAUGCGCCGAAACAGGCAAGGAC